AUGACAAAAAUAAACAGUGGGCAGAACCUGGGUGGCCCAACGUCACUGUUUCAUCUCAACCACCCUGUUUUCUUUUCCUCCUCGCUGUCUCCUCUCCACGCCUCCCUGACCACCGCCUCCCUGACCACCGCCUCCCUGACCACCGCCUCCCUGACCAUCACCUCCCUCACCACCGCCUCCCUGACCAUCGCCUCCCUGACCAUCGCCUCCCUGACCACCGCCUCCCUGACCACCGCCUCCCGGACCACCGCCUCCCUGACCAUCACUUCCCUCACCACCGCCUCCCUGACCAAAGCCUCCCUCACCACCGCUUUCCUGACCAUCGCCUCCCUGACCACCGCCUCCCUGACCAUCACUUCCCUCACCACCGCCUCCCUGACCAAAGCCUCCCUCACCACCGCCUCCCUGACCAUCGCCUCCCUGACCACCGCCUCCCUGACCAUCACUUCCCUCACCACCGCCUCCCUGACCAAAGCCUCCCUCACCACCGCUUUCCUGACCAUCGCCUCCCUGACCACCGCCUCCCUGACCAUCACUUCCCUCACCACCGCCUCCCUGACCAAAGCCUCCCUCACCACCGCCUCCCUGACCAUCGCCUCCCUGACCACCGCCUCCCUGACCAUCACUUCCCUCACCACCGCCUCCCUGACCAAAGCCUCCCUCACCACCGCCUCCCGGACCAAAGCCUCCCUCACCACCGCCUCCCUGACCACCGCCUCCCUGACCAUCGCCUCCCUCACCACCGCCUCCCGGACCAUCGCCUCCCUGACCACCGCCUCCCUGACCACCGCCUCCCGGACCACCGCCUCCCUGACCAUCACUUCCCUCACCACCGCCUCCCUGACCAAAGCCUCCCUCACCACCGCUUUCCUGACCAUCGCCUCCCUGACCACCGCCUCCCUGACCAUCACUUCCCUCACCACCGCCUCCCUGACCAAAGCCUCCCUCACCACCGCCUCCCUGACCAUCGCCUCCCUGACCAUCACUUCCCUCACCACCGCCUCCCUGACCAAAGCCUCCCUCACCACCGCCUCCCGGACCAAAGCCUCCCUCACCACCGCCUCCCUGACCACCGCCUCCCUGACCACCGCCUCCCUGACCAUCGCCUCCCUCACCACCGCCUCCCGGACCAUCGCCUCCCUGACCAACGCCUCCCUCAUCACCGCCUCCCUGACCAAUGCCUCCCUCACCACCGCCUCCCUGACCAAUGCCUCCCUGACCAACGCCUCCCUGACCACCGCCUCCCUCACCACCGCCUCCCUGACCAUCGCCUCCCUGACCAUCACUUCCCUCACCACCGCCUCCCUGACCAUCGCCUCCCUGACCAUCGCCUCCCUGACCAUCGCCUCCCUGACCAUAGCCUCCCUGACCACCGCCUCCCUCACCACCGCCUCCCUCACCACCGCCUCCCUGACCAUCGCCUCCCUGACCAUCGCCUCCCUGACCAUCGCCUCCCUGACCAUCGCCUCCCUGACCACCGCCUCCCUGACCAUCGCCUCCCUGACCACCGCCUCCCUGACCACCGCCUCCCUGACCACCGCCUCCCUCACCACCGCCUCCCUCACCACCGCCUCCCUCACCACCGCCUCCCUGACCACACAUCUGGACCUGAUGGUGUCCUGCUGCUACCCUUACUGUCGGUACCCUUACUCCCAGUACUCUUACUGCCGGCACAGUUAA